AUGAGCGACUCCUCAGUGAGCUUCAAGCCAGACGAAGACGGGACGGAAUCUGAAUUUGACGCAGGAUCCUUUGAGAACCCCAGCUUUCAAGGUGCCCUUGGAAAUUACUCCCCUCCCCUAAAAACUUUCCACUAUAGCACAGUCCACCCCCGUUGCAAUGCUUAUUCUGCCCGCAAAGAUCGUCCGCAAUUGCGAUAUAGUGCUGUACGAGCAGCUGCUACACUUCCGAUUGACGAGUACUCUACAUUAUUCGAAGAAUCACUCAAGGAUACGAUUUCCGGGUCCGCAAGUGAGAAUACUUCCAAGCUUUCCUCCCAGUAUGGUGCGGUUCGCUGGACAGACAAAGAGGAAACUGCUUUUUUUGCCGCCCUUGCUAAAAACGGGAGAGAUGGAGUCCCGGCAAUUGCAGCUUCGAUAGGUACCAAGAGCCAAAUGGAGGUGCGGCACUACCUUGAUCUACUGCAGCACAAUCUUGAGCUUCAUCACCUCACAGAUCGAAAUGUAAAACCUGUAGAGCUUUCAGAUAUCCCUGCUGCAUAUGAGAUUAGCGAUGAGUGUUGCUUAGCUCUAGAACAUAUUUCUAACGCAUUAUGUCUACGAGAGGAACAAACAAGCAACAUGGUUGGAAGAAAGAAAUACGGUGAUUCAUGGCUUGUGAAUCGUGAGACUGCUGCAUUAGUUGAAAGAGCUUUGGACCUGGAGGAACCUUCAACUUCAGAUCGACUAUCUAGCCCUGAGCCUCUACCAGAGGUUGGCUUCAAGCCGGGCUCCCCAUCGCGAUGCGAGCUUCAAUCAAAACACGAAACCAUGGCAAGCAAACACCAGAGUCUGUUUGCUACGGCUAAACUUCUGAAUAUAUGCAAUUGGGUGCAGCUGUCCGAGCGCGUUUUUAUGAAUUCAGGGGAAAAGAGAGUAGAAAAUAACUGGCAACAUAUAUGCUUCCAAGACGAAACCCCUGCCCUAACUUGUGAUGCGAUGUCUGAUUUCUACGCCCUAGCCAUUAGCAUUACCCGCCGCCUUAUACAAGCUUCUAUAUUUUUUGCAUUAUCCAGAAUUCGCGCAGUUCAGCGUACUCACGUUAUCCCAGAAAGUCUCGUUAAGGUGGAAGAUGUGUUUGCAGCUUUGACUGUGCUUAAGAUGGAACAAAGCUCGAAGGAAUUUUGGAUCGGUGCACCUCGCCGCAAUGCCCUUGAUAUCAAAAGAAAGAAGACGAACAAAACGGCACCGCUAGACUAUGACACGGUCGAGGCGUUAUUAAGUAAGAAAAUUGACAUUACAUUUAAGGACAUACAAACAAUAGGCUCUUCAAGCAUCCCUUCAACCAGCGUUUCCCCAGUGAUGCUAGAAGAUAGUGAGCACGAUACCGAUCCUGACGAGUUGUCCACCAAUGAAUCUGUCGAAGAAAGCCUUUUGGAGCCUGAGGAAAUGUGUGCCAACGCGUUGGACAUACAAGCAAACCGCACGGAAGAAUCCAAUUUAUGGCAACGCAUACACAAGACAAUUCCUGGCCGCUUUGAUAUUGACGUCAAGGCCGAAUUCGAAGACAGCAACGCGCAACGUAUGCCUUCUAAAAAGCGAAAAGGACGCGAUGAACUAGCGGAUUGGAGGGAUCAUACCCUGUAUCAGGCAGAAUGGGAGACUUUCGGGCUCGACACCGUGACUCUAAAUCAGAGAAUGAGAGAAAAUUCGGACGCUAAGCGGCCGAAGCCCAAUCCUGCAUGA